AUGCCGCCGCUCUUUCGUCCUGCCCGUCGUCGCUCGAGAAUCCGCAUCGCUCUCUACGCUCUCGUUGUCCUUCUGAUCAUCGGCUUCCUGACCAACUUACGCCGCACCGGCGUCGACGACGCCAACUCCCUCUCCGACGACCUGUACGACUCUACCGCUGCCCAACAUGCCACCGGCGAACCCUCGCGCCGCGGCGAGAAGGCCUUCAUCAUCGCGAGCCAGACGGGCGAUGACGUGGACUGGUACUACCGCUACUUCCCUGACUGGAAGAAAUAUAAAUACCUUGUCGACAACCCCAAGGCGAAGUUGACGGUGAAGAAAAAUAAAGGUCGAGAGUCGAUGGUGUAUCUCACCUACAUAAUUGACCACUAUGAAGACCUCCCGGAUUAUAUGCUCUUCCUCCACCCCAAACGCUUCCAAUGGCACAACGACGACCCCGAUUACGACGGUCUCCCCGUCCUGCGCAAAUUCCAGCUCCCCUAUUUGGCCCGCGAGGGCUACGUCAACCUACGCUGCGCCUGGGUGCUUGGCUGCCCUUCCGAAAUUAGGCCAUUUGGCGAAGAUGCGAUAGCUCAGCAACAGGCGCAGCAACAAUCACACGCCGGACACUACUACCUGAAGGCUUUCAAGGAGAUCUUUGGAGAUGACGUGGAAGUACCGAGUCAAGUCGGAGUCAGCUGUUGCGCCCAAUUUGCGUUGACGAGAGAAAAGGUCACGGAGUUGGGGAAAGAUGUAUUUGUCAAGUUGAGACAGUGGCUAGAAAAAACCGAGCUACCAGACGACAUCUCGGGACGAGUUUUGGAAUACUCUUGGCACAUUCUUUUUGGAAAACCACCCGUCCACUGCCCGAAUGCGUCGGAAUGUUAUUGCAAUGUUUUUGGUCUUUGCGAUUCUCAAUGCCACGAGGAAGGAAUGUGUAAGGAUAUCACCGGUUACGACCGUUAUGUCCUGCCUCCUUUCGCGACCAUGCCCCAGGGCUGGCCGUAUGUCGGCUGGGAUGGCCAACCCCGCGAACGGGUCGUUGAAGUCGACGCUUAG